AAAUAUAAACCUUCCCUUUUUUGCAGUGAAAAUGAUAUCACUCAGCAGUUCAGGCAGAAUACCUGGUGAGGAUCCUGAUCCUGCGAGGGAAGAAAGAUCUGGACGUGUAAGAGAGGUUGGAAAUCAGGCAGUUUGGUCUUUGUCUUCAUGCAAACCAGGUUUUGGAGUGGAGCAGCUGCGUGAUGAUUGCCUUGACACUUAUUGGCAGUCAGAUGGUCCCCAGCCUCAUUUGGUUAAUAUACAGUUUAGGAGAAAGACAACCAUUCAGGAUGUCUGGAUAUAUGCUGACUACAAAGCAGAUGAAAGUUAUACUCCAAGCAGAAUAUCAAUCAGAUGUGGCACACAUUUCAAUGAUCUCCAAGAAAUAGAAGUAGUGGAUCUUCAUGAACCAACUGGAUGGCUUUUAAUUCCAUUGAAGGACAUUCAUGAUCGACCAAUUCGAACAUACAUGGUACAAAUUGCAGUGCUGUCCAAUCAUCAGAAUGGAAGAGACACACACAUGCGUCAAAUUAAAAUCCACUCGCCUGUUGAGGACAAAGCUGUAGCGGUUGACUGCCUAGGAGCUUUUACUUCCCCCACAUUUAAAAGCUAUAGCUGUAUCAGGUAGUAGCAAGAUAGUUUAUGCACGGUUUUUGUAUACUUUUUAUACGGUUUUUGUAUACUAAUUAUAUUAUAGUUUGUGGUCAUAAAGCAUUGCUUUAUUUUUGUAUUUUUGAAGACAGUUGAGUUCAGUUAAGUAAUUGGUUAUAAUUUUUUGCAUUUAGUUAAGUAAUUAUUUAUAUUUUUGCAAUAUAGGUUUUGAUUGAUUGCCUUUAUAAUUUUAAUGCUACUAGAUAUGUUAUAUCUGACUUAUAAAUAAUUAAUUUGAAUGUGACAUGUAUUCUGUCGGAAGUAAAAAUAUAUUAAGGCAAUAAUU